CAAGCACCCCUCUUUUAAACUUUUCCCAGACACCCCUUCCCUUCUUUCAGGCACACUCUCCAAAAUAUGCUCCGAUUCUUCAAUAGAGGCGCCACCGACUCGCAGUCGCCGGACUCGGCGGAGCCGCCGCCGUAUUCACCUUACACCGCCACGCCGGCGGUGCCUUCAGGCCCUCCGAGAGCGAUUCGCCUCGUCUAUUGCGACGAGAAUGGGAAGUUCAAGAUGGAUCCGGAGGCAGUUGCUGUGCUUCAACUGCUCAAGGAGCCUGUUGGUGUUGUUUCGGUCUGCGGUCGCGCUCGACAAGGCAAAAGCUUCAUCUUGAACCAGCUUCUUGGACAAAGCAGUGGGUUUCAAGUGGCCGCAACUCAUCGACCAUGUACAAAAGGUCUUUGGCUGUGGAGUACUCCUAUUAGGAGGACUGCUCUUGAUGGCACCGUCUACAACCUCCUAUUGCUAGACAGUGAAGGGAUUGAUGCUUAUGAUCAAACGGGUACUUACAGCACACAGAUAUUUUCAUUGGCUGUAUUAUUGUCGAGCAUGUUCAUAUAUAACCAGAUGGGUGGAAUUGAUGAAGCUGCUCUUGAUCGUCUAUCUCUCGUUACUGAAAUGAGUAAACGUAUACGUGUUAGAGCCUCUGGAGAAAAGAGUAGUGCUUCUGAGAUUGGCCAGUUUUCCCCUAUUUUUGUUUGGCUCUUAAGGGACUUUUACCUGGAUUUGGUGGAAGAUAAUAGGAGAAUAACACCUCGUGACUACCUAGAGAUUGCUUUGAGGCCAGUUCAAGGUAGUAAGAGAGACGUGGCUGCAAAAAAUGAGAUCAGAGAAUCCAUUCGAGCACUUUUUCCAGACAGAGAAUGUUUUCCCCUUGUACGUCCUUUGAGCAACGAGAAUGAGCUCCAGAAGCUCGAUCAAAUUCCAGUUAAAAAUUUAAGGCCUGAAUUCCGAUCUGGUUUAGAUGCUCUGACAAAAUUUAUUUUUGAGAGAACUAGGCCAAAACAAGUAGGUGGCACAGUAAUGACUGGACCUAUUUUUGCCCGGAUCACUCAGUCAUACCUAGAUGCACUUAACAAAGGCGUUGUGCCAACUAUAACAUCCUCAUGGCAGAACGUAGAGGAAGCAGAGUGUCAGAGAGCAUAUGAUUUAGCUGCUGAAGUGUAUAUGUCAACCUUCGACCGCUCAAUACCUCCAGAGGAAGCUUCAUUGAGAGAAGCACAUGAAGUAGCUGUCCGCAAAUCGAUGGAUGCAUUUGAUGCGACUGCUGUUGGGGCAGGUGCUACCAGGCAGAAACAUGAAAUGCGUUUGCAACAGUUUUUGAAGAAGGCAUUUGAGGAUUACAAAAAGGACGCUUACAGGGAGGCAUACUUGCAAUGUUCGAAUGCGAUACAGAGUAUGGAAAGGGAACUGAGAACAGCUUGCAAUGCUCCUGAUGCCAAAGUAGAUAAUGUCAUCAAGGUUUUAGAAGGCCUUCUUACUAAAUAUGAAGCCUCCUCUCAUGGUCCAGAGAAAUGGCGGAAGUGGACUAUAUUCUUGCAACAAAGUUUAGAAGGUCCAGUUCUUGACCUCAUCAAGAAGCAACUAGAUCGUAUUGGAUCUGAAAAGAGUACAAUUAUGUUGAAGUGCCGCUCAAUUGAAGAUAAAAUGGGAUUACUUAACAAGCAACUAGAAGCUAGUGAAAAGUAUAAAUCUGAAUACUUGAAAAGGUACGAGGAUGCUAUAACUGACAAGAAGAGGAUCUCGGAUGACUACAUGAACCGCAUUUCCAAUUUGCAGAGCAAAUGUAGCUCAUUAGAAGAGAGAUGUUCUAGCUUAUCAAAGGCUGUCGAUAUAGCUCGGCAUGAUGGAAUGGAAUGGAAAAGAAAGUAUGAAAACCUUCUAUCAAAGCAGAAAGCAGAGGAGGACCAAGCUACUUCUGAACUUGCUAUUCUUAGGUCCAGGAGCAGUGCUGCUGAGGCAAGAUUGGCUGCUGCUCAGGAACAAAGUAGAUCAGCUCAAGACGAGGCAGGAGAGUGGAAAAGAAAGUACGACAUUGCUGUUAGAGAAGCAAAAAAUGCUCUCGAGAAGGCAGCAGCUGUGCAAGAACGUUCAAACAAACAAACCCAACUGAGGGAAGAUGCUUUGAGAGAUGAAUUUUCUGUGGUACUUGCUGAUAAGGAAGAGGAAAUUAAAGAUAAGGCAGUAAAGAUUGAACGUGCUGAACAGAGAUUAACAACUUUAAGUUUGGAGAUGAAGGCUGCAGAAUCAAAAAUUAAAAGCUAUGAUGUGGAGAUUGUUAGUCUUAAACAUGAAAUUAGGGACUUGAGUGAAAAACUGGAAAGCUUGAAUGCAACUGCACAGUCUUUUGAAAGGGAGGCUAGAAUUAUGGAACAGGAAAAAGUUUUUCUUGAAGAGAAGUACCGCUCUGAAUUUAAUCGGUUUGAGGAGGUCCAGAAAAGAUGCAAAGAUGCGGAGAAAGAAGCUAAACGGGCUACUGAGUUGGCCGACAAAGCACGAGCUGAGGCGGUUACUGCCCAAAAAGAGAAAAGUGAUGCUCAGAGGGCAGCUAUGGAAAGACAGAAUCAAAUUGAGAGGGCUGAGAGGCAUCUCGAUAGUUUGGAAAGGCAAAAAGCACAUCUUACUGAUGAAUUAGAGAGGUACAGAGUUGCCGAGAUGGAAGCUGUAUCUAAAGUUGCAAUACUGGAAGCAAGGGUUGAAGAAAGGGAGACUGAAAUAGAGUCACUAUUGAAAUCAAACAAUGAACAAAGGGCAGAUACUGUUCAAGUCCUUGAGAGUCUUCUGGAGACUGAACGCGCAGCACGUGCGGAGGCAACUAACAGGGCGGAAUCACUCUCUGUUCAGCUGCAAGCUACACAAGGUAAAUUGGAUUUACUUCAGCAGCAGAUGACCACAGUUCGCCUCAAUGAAACAGCGUUGGAUAGCAAACUCAAAACUGCUUCCCGUGGGAAAAGAGUGAGAGUUGAUGACUAUGAAGGGGGUAUGGAAUCUGUCCAUGAUGUGGAUCUCAACGACAGAAAAUCAAGAGGAAACAAACGAACGAGAAGUACAACUAGCCCUCUAAAAACACCUGAAGAUGGUGGUUCCAUUUUCGGGGGUGAAGAAGUGAGUAAUAGCCAACAAACCAGUACCGAAGACUACACUAAGUUCACUGUCCUGAAACUUAAACAGGAGCUUACUAAACAUAAUUUCGGUGCUGAGGUGCUCGAGCUAAAGAAUCCAACCAAGAAGGACUUUGUUGCUCUCUAUGAGAAAUUCGUGCUUCAAAAGUAAUAGAUUUUACAUUAUGGGCUUUGUAAGGAAGACUCUAAUUCACCCAGUGGUUGAGAAGUAGGCAGUAUAUUACACCAGAACACGUAAAUUUUCUCCUCAUUAAUCACUUGAGAGUUCUUUGGCCUUCGUGAAAGUUUAAAUGCGGGUUUUUAGUAUGCAGCCCCUUGGAACUUAUAUUCUGUUAUCUUGUGGUAUUAAUGUUCUGUUGUAUGAAGUUUCCUUUCUCUUGUGUUGGUAUCUAGAAGAAACUUGGUGUGCAAGUCCGGAUGUUGAAAUAGUUAACCAUGUACUUUUAUUGAUGGAAUUUUUAUUUGCAAAGUAGUAAAGUACGUUUACAAGAGUAA